AUGGAUCAUAAUUUAUUAACAAGUGAAAAAAGUAGGUAUAAUUGUAAUUCUCGUCGAAAUUAUGACAAUAAGAAAAACAAAGAAGAAAUAGAAAAGAAGGUUUUAGAUUUUGACAAUAGAUUCAAAACGAAAAUAAAUGAUAUUUGUAAUAAAGAAAAUGUAGUUAAAAAGCCCACGCUAGUAGAAAACAAAAAAUUAAAAAACAAUAUUGUAAAUUCUGAUAGUUUUAAGAGAAUUUUGAAGAAAGUUAUGUUUUUUAGUUUAAUUUUUGUUUUUAUUGAAGUUUUAUAUUUAAGUGCGUUUUAA